AGCUAUGAUGGGUCUCAGCUCGGCACGCCAUAGCCAUCAUACCAAAUUCAGUCUAGACGUUCCGCAUUAUCCGUCGUGUUUUCCACCAGACUUCUUUCGGUUAGCAUGUCCGCUUGGAUGCCCAGUUAUCACCCACUCACAUCGGCCUUUUGAUGUCGGAGUCCGCACGGAGUGAGGGCACACCAGCAGUACCUUUGGCCACUAAACAACCUAAUGGAAGCGCUCUCCUUUUCCCCACUUCAGUUCAUUCGAUAUCGGGACACAUGUCCGCAGAAGCAAAAAGCGCCAGGAUUUAUCCACACUAGACAUGUUCCGACCACCGACUGGCUAACCUGAAGGACGGCGCUUAGCAAAGCGUGACCAUGCCUCAAUAGAAGAAGGGCGCUUAUCCUUAACACACGGCCCCGUGAUAAGGCUAGCGGUUAUAUUAACCUGAGAACAACCUCGAUUUCAGGCAGCAACAUCACCCCACAGACUCUCCCCUUCUCAUUCCGCGUUCUCCUUGAUUGAACAUCAUGGCUCGAAAAUUCCCCGUUGACUCUGCUGGCCCAGAUAUCGUCCGCGACUACAUCAUUCAAACCCUCAUCAGAAAGCAUGAAGCCACGCCAGAAUACGCAGAGAAACUGGCUACUUGCUGGCAGUUAGGCCGAGUCCGGGAGCUUCGCUCCGCAACGCUGAAGCACCUGCAAGACGACUUUGGUAAUGAUGUUGGCUUGUGUAUCUAUCGCGCCAUUCGAGAGGAUAUGCUUGAAGACUGGCAGGAAACGACGGCAGCAGCAGUGACUAUUUGUUCGUUGCGCCUCGCUCAUCCAUUACUGUGGUCAUUGAAAUUAACAGUGUUUCGUUCAGGGUCCGUGUCUACCGCGACGAUGAUUCAUCUGGUGGUUGUUGGGCUGUUCAUCCUACCUGAAUUGGGACUCAUGCAACCUUGUGAACGUAUCCGCGUGGCAAAGUCGCCUGCGUCGUGGCUGUUGUUUGGCUUCGCCUAUCUCAACUAUCACUAUCAGAGACAGGAUAUUGAAGAGCCGGGCCAUAUAUCACUCGCAGGUCCUAUAGGGCUCUUGAGUAUAAGCGUGGGCUUGUAUCUGUUUUCCGUGUAGAGUAUAUGCCUUGCAGUUAUUUAGUUUAUAGUGACCGCCUCAAGGAUGUUGAGGAGACCAAUGGGGAUCCUAGGUGACAAUAUGCGGUGGCGCGCAAUGCAUUUUCGAAGAGCAAUGUUUAGCAUCGCUGUCUCUAACAUACCCACGCACCAGCAUUUAAUAUAGUGCAUUCGAGAUACCACAGCCGGAAUGAUACUGCAUACCUUGACAUGGUGCCUUGAUAUGAAGAAUUGUUUGUUGAUUUCGGUCCUGUCACUUCAAGGCAAAAAUACUACGGAAAGGAGAAUGACCUACCGUGCUAUUCUGAGCUCUCAGUUAUCUCUGGCUUUGGGCCCCAAGCACCUCACUCCGGAUUGUCACGCCGCUUAAUGAAGAAGCAGGUCUUGUUCUGCCGCUCAUACGUCUCACCCCAAAUAUAUGAGUCUUUCGCAUGGCUUUGACUUAUGAAGCCUUAUCAGCAACAUUGUCAAUCUCCAGUUCACAAUCCUAUUAGCAUGACUUGCUGUAGUCGUCAUGUAGGUAUUCAAUUUCUUCUGGGCGUUAAAGUGAAAGUGCCAUCAAGG